GACGGUCAGUCUUGAUCGGUAUGUCGAGCUGACAACACCUAUACAGCCAAAAACAUUUCAAUUUUGUGCGCGCGCCAUUUUGCUUCGUUCAACAGCGAACACGUUCAGUGAUUUUUGGCAAUUUCGUUCGUUUCUAAUUCCUGGUGUUUUUUUUUUUUUUUUUUCAUCUCCGUUUUCUGUGAAUUACGAAUCAUAAAACAUUGAGGAGAGAAUGCCAUCGCACCCGUCCGCCAAUACCUGGGACGAUAAAGAGUCCGUUUCCAGGACUAUGCUCUACAAAAAGAUCACCAAGCCGUUACUGGAACGACAGAGACGUGCACGUAUCAACCGGUGCCUGGACGAAUUAAAAGAAUUAAUGAGUGCCGCUCUGGCGGCCGAAGGUGAAAACCUAACAAAAUUAGAAAAGGCCGAUGUGCUCGAAUUGACCGUCCGUCAUCUGCAUCAACUGCAUCGCGAAGGCGAACUCAGCCUCAACGCUUCCGCAGCCGGUGUAGGUGUAGGAGGAGGCAUUUUCAAUCGGCCCCCUUCGGCCGCGGCCGCGGCUCCGGCGGAUCGCCGCCGCUACCAAGGCGGAUUCUUAGCCUGCGCUCAACAAGUGGCCUCUUACGUCAUGAAAACACCCGGAUUGGAGCCCGGAUUGGGUCAGAGAUUGUUGGCCCACCUGGCCAGGUGUUCCCAGCAGCUCUCACCGGAAUCAGCCGUACCGCCUUCGCCCGCGCUCGCAUUGCCACCGCAGCCGGAAGCUCAUUUCGCUCCUGCCUUCCCAUCGCUCACGCUUCCGGUCGAUUAUCACGCAUCGGCGGCGCGGGAAUAUUCCAUCACGGCCCAAUUUCAAGUGUACAGGCCGCCGGUAGCGCCUCAACCGUUGCGGAUCACACCCGAUUUGCCGGCCGCCGCUCAACCGACCGAAGGCGCGUCGUCCGACGAAUCGACGUCGCCCGGAAGCAAACGGCGGGCCUCUCCCGACUUCCCGCACAUUCCCAAAAAACGGUACGCGCACUUCAACUUCGAGUCGGCCGAUUGCGGACGCGUCCGCACCGAAUCGGAAUCGGAACCCGUGGCCAGCACGUCCACCGCUCCGGACCAUCCGUCCGAUUGUUACGUGGUCGAGAGCCAAAUCGUUCAACUCUCUCCUCGACCUCCUUCGUCCGCCGACGGCAAAGAUUCCGAUUCCAUGUGGAGGCCUUGGUAAAAAAAAAAAAAAAAAAAAAAAUCCGCACUCCGCCAUCGGAAUCAUUCCGCAAAAAAAAAAAAACAUUUGUGAUCAUCCUCCCACGUCUCUUUGUGUAUUUUUUUUUUUUUU